GGAGGGUUCUAAUACCCAGGGGGCGGAGCUUAGACCCAUGGGGGCGUGUCCAGCCCCUCCCCAGGCCGGCCAUUGGCUGCCCAGCCCGGACGGGGCGUGGUCCAAGCUGACCGUCCGGCGUGGGCGUGGCCUGGCCCGGCCGGGCCCGGGCUCUCUGUGCCGUGUCCGUCUGUCCGUCCCUCCCUCCGGCCACUCCCCCUGGGCCCCUCCGGCCGCCGCGUCCGGCUGCGGCCGCUGGCGCAACGUCCGCCUGGGCUCGGCCGACGGUCAGUGGUCAUCGCUGCUGGACGCCGUCCUGGAGACGAUGACCGCGGGCGAGCUGGCCUGGCUGCGGCCGCGCGGAGCGGACAGCGCGGCCCUCAGCGUCCGGCUCGGCCGUUUCACCGCGCCGCCGCCAUUUUGGGCCAUCCCGCCAUCCGUACGCUGGCGGUCAGUGCGCUCCGGCCACGCUCACGCCGCGCAGCUGCUGAACGCCGGGCUGGUCAGCGCGGCCGGACGCGCCUUCCGGCGGUCACUCCGCGCUGCCGCAGCGGCCGCGGGGCCUCCCCCGUUCCCCCCGGCGGUCAGCGAGCUCAAGGCCGAGCUCCACGCCGGCAUGGCCGACGUCCAACUGCGGCUCGGCCACCCCGCGGCCGCCGCCGCCAACGCGGGCCGGGCCCUGGAGCUGCGCCCCGCCCACCUGAGCGCGCGGUACGUGAGGGGCGUGGCCAGGGCCGCCAUGAUGGAUCUGGAGGCGGCCCGGGAGGAUUUGCUGGCCGUGCUCAGGGCCCGGCCCGGACACCCCGGCGCCACCAAGGAGCUGGCGCGGGUCCGGGACAAGGCCCGGCAGAGGGACACGCAGCUGGCAACGAGACUGGGGAAAAUGUUCGCGUAAUUAGCGCUAAUUAGCGAAAAUUCGAGGAUUUUAGGGGAAAAUUUGGGGAAAAUAUGGGGAAAUUGGGGGGAAAUUAGCACUGAUUAGGCUUGUUUAGUGCUAAUUUGUGGUUAAUUAGCACUAAUUAGUGUGUAAUUGGUACUUAUUAGGAUUUAUUAGGUGUUAAUUAGCGCUAAUUAGUGUCAAUUACUGGGAAUUAUGGAGGAAUUAGGGGUAUUUAUGGGAGGAUUAGGGGUUGUUUAGUGCUAAUUAGUGGUUAAUUGGCACUAAUUAGCGUGUAAUUGGCACUUAUUAGGAGUUAUUAGGUGUUAAUUAGCACUAAUUAGGCGUUAAUUAGUGUUAACUUGGAGGUAUCUAUGGGGUGUUAAGGGUCAGGGACACAGCCAUGGAGAGGGAGGCGCACCUGGCCAUGUGCUUGGGGAAUGUGUUCUCUUAAUUAGCGCUAAUUAGGGGAUAAUUUGGGGUUAAUUUGGAGGUAAAGUGUGUGUAAUUAGGUUAUAAUUUGGGGGCUAAUUAGGGGAGUAAAUUUGGAGUAAUUUGUGGCUAUUUGGGGUCAGGGAUACAGCCAUGGAGAGGGACGUGCAACUGGCCAUGUGCUUGGGGAAAGUGUUCACUUAAUUAGUGCUAAUUAGGGGGUAAUUUCCAAAGUAAUUUGGGGUUAAUUUGGAGGUAAAUUGGGUGUAAUUAGGGGAUAAUUUGGGGGCUAAUUAAUGGAGUAAAUUUGGGGUAAUUUCGGGCUGUUUAUAGUUAGCGGCACAGCUGUGGAGAGAGACGCGCACCUGAACGUGCACCUGGGGAAGAUGUUCCUGUAAUUAGCGCUAAUUAGGGAGAA